AACUAUAACUCCUCUAUCUGCCUCUCUUUAAAUUCAUGUCGGACUCGAAGAAUUCGGAGAGAGAGAUGAAUCCUUCGUCGCAUGAGCCGACUGAAUCUGACCUUCUUGCCAGAACCGUCACUAGCGCAACCUUGGAUCUUGAACUUGAAUUUUAUGAUGCUCACAUAGACUAUCGAAAUGAAGCUGCGAUGGGCGGAGUUGACUUUGGAACACCCCUUAAUGAAGCGACGAGGGGCGAAAUCGACAUUGAACGAGCGGUUGAUGAGGGCCCAAGAACUGCCGCCGAAACUUCGCCACUGCCUCCUCCUCCGCCGUCUUCAGAGGUUAAUGAAUCCUCCCACAAUGGAGAGAGAGAUCUUGUGGUGGGCCUGGAAGCAAAUGGGUUGGAUGGUGGGAAUGGAGGGGAGCCGGUGUCUGUUAUGGAAAAGAUCGAACCGCAGUCGGAGUCUCAGUCCCAGUCCCAGCCUCAGCGGAGGAGGGCGCCACCGAAAACGGGGCUGGAGCUAGCGAUGAUUGAGACAUCGCCCAAGACACCGGACUGGUUACCAUCGGGUUGGCUGAUGGAGAGCAGAAUUCGGGGCUCUGGUGUCACCGCCGGAAUGAAAGACCGGUAUUUCUAUGAUCCAGUCUCAGGACGUCAAUUUCGGUCAAAGAAAGAAGUGCUUUCCUUUAUUCAAACAGGAUCAAGUGGAAGGAAGAGGCCAAACUCAAUGAAGAGUAACACUGACGCCACCAUAAUGGCUUCAGAGAGUUCUGGGUAUGUUAGACGAAAUAGGUCUAACUCAAAAGGGAAGAGAUCCAAUGUUUCAAGCUUUGAUUUCAACAACCGACCAGCGAAGGUCCGAUGGGUUCUUACUGAUUCUGUGAAUGGGUUGUGGACCCCUUUUAUUGGUGAUGAAAGCCCGCUCGAAUCAAGCAAGCAAGAAUGAGCCGCAGCAUUUACAUCUUUUCCCUCCACAAUGGAAAACACAACUUCUGAAAGAUAGAGAAGAUGCGAGAUAGAUGUGGGAAGCAUUUGUCACUCUCCUCUAACAUCAGCCUAGGCCUGGAAGUGUAUGGGAACUUUGGAAGCCAAGUGCAUAAAUGAACCCUGGCUGUUGAUAUGCUGAAUCUGAGCAUAAUACUCAUUCUUGAAAGUUGAAAUACUUGUCAGCUGAUCCCUUGCUUUACUGAACUUCUGUUUUGAUAUAGGAAACUGAGGCAGUCUAAAGUAAUGUAUGUCCAUCUUGUUGUAUUUGAAAUGGAUGAAAAGGGUUUAUGACCAAACCUGAAAAUUAAACAUUCUAUCAUUGUAUCUGUAUGUACUAAAAAAAUUAUAAUUGGAUGCUUUUAGAAUUUUGGUGUA